AUGGCUGCCCCUCCAGAGGUCUCGAUGCAGGAUCUCACGGGCUCUUGGUUAUUGAACAAGACUCUCUCCGACUCGUUUGACCCAGCCUUCACCCUCCAGGGCAUCCCAUGGAUCAUACGCAAGCUUGUCAGCGUCACCACCUUGUCCCUGAAGGUGGCUCACGACAUUGACGAAGCCGGGGGAAAGAUGCUGAUUUUCACCCAAGCCGCGUCCGUCGCCAUCGCCGGGCUCAGCGAGGAGAAGGAAACCCGCUUCCUGGACGGGAGAGAAACGUUGCACUCCUCGGCCAUGUUUGGCACAUCCGCAUCCCGGUCCUUCCUGGUCAACCUAUCGACCGCCACCGGCAACGAUGGAAAGCCCCUGGACCCGUUCUUGACCCAAGACCUCCUGCGAGAAGGGGAACCCGGCGGGGACAACAACUUGUUUGAUCUAGUUAUCCAUCAGACCAAGGGCUGGACCAUGGAACAGAUUUGGGGUUUUGGCAUCGUCAACGAGGAGAGACGGCUUGUGAGGAAAAUGGUCAUCAGAAAAGGUGCCGAGGUGGUUUAUAUCACGGCCUAUUACGACUGGAAGGGAAGAGAGGAUAGUCAAUGA